GUCAGGGCACCAAGAUGGCGGCGCGCGCAGCGUGUGUGGCUAUGUGCCGGUGCCUGCAGCAGGGAUUGGGGAAUUCAUCUAUAAAUGGUUCUAAGUGCAGUACAACCAGAACUGGCGGCCUCCCUCUCAGUGCCAGUAUGAAGUGGGUACCAUUGUCAAAGCUGCACGUGGAUGUCCCAAAGGAUCUGACCAGACCUACGAUAACCACUUCCGAUGAGCCAGACACAUUAUACAAACGCCUGUCUGUUUUAGUGAAGGCCCAUGACAAGGCUGUGUUAGACAGUUAUGAGUAUUUUGCUGUGCUUGCUGCUAAAGAACUUGGCAUUUCUGUUAAAGUACACGAACCGCCGAGGAAAAUAGAGCGCUUCACUCUCCUCAAGUCAGUGCACAUCUUCAAGAAGCACAGAGUCCAGUACGAGAUGAGGACGCUCUACAGAUGUUUGGAGUUAAAACAUUUGACUGGAUGCACAGCCAGUGUCUACCUGGAGUAUAUCCAGCGGAACCUACCUGAAGGGGUGGCCAUGGAAGUAACAAAGACAGAGAUACAGCAGUUACCAGAGCACAUCAAGGAGCCAAUGUGGGAAACAGUUCCCGAGGAGAAAGAAGAACGCAAGUCGUAAGCCUCGGGACAGCGGCAGUGCCGAGCUGAUGUGUCCCGUGGAGAGCGAGCGCCCCAGCCAAGGGGCAUCAGGCCGCCUGCCCUUGCUCUGCUGGGGCCUCCCACCUGGGCAGCCGAGCAGGAGCAGGCUGGUUUCAGGGAAGAACCACUGUAUCUGUUCUUUAUACCAGACUAUGCUUGUGUUCCGAUUCGAACAAACAUUAGCACACUUCUGUAUAAUCUGAAACGAAAGAACCAGAUUUAAACACUUGUGUAGCACCACUCACGUCUUGUUAGCUUGUGCUCAUUUUAUUUUUAUUUAUUUAUCUAGCCAUUCAUUCAUUUUAUUUUUCUGGAACUCACAGAGAUCUACCUGCCUCUGCCUCCCAAAUGCUGGAUUAAAAGUGUGUC